UUAUGUGUGACACGGCCAUCAACGGUGUAAAUAUAGACAUUGAAAAGCGAUAUGUAUCUAUAACAGACAAUAUUUAGCUUUUUGUAUGUACACAUGUAUAUAUUUACAAAACAAUGAUGUUAUUUGAUGUUGCCAUUGGUUUGUUAAUUUUAUAUUUCGUUUGGAAGAUCAUAAUAUUGUACUUGCGAACACUGGAGAUUAAAAAAGUGUCUGAUCGAUAUGUAUUCAUAACCGGAUGUGACACGGGAUUUGGAUACCUUCUGGCAAGAUCGUUAGACGCAAAAGGAGUGAAUGUAAUUGCCGGAUGUCUAACAGAAAAAGGUUCACGCAACCUGAAGAAGGAAGCCUCUUCAAGAGUAAAGACUGUUCAAUUGGACGUGACUGAUAAAAAGUCGGUGGAGAGAGCAUUUGAACUUACCAAACAAUAUGUCGGCGACAAAGGUUUGUGGGGACUUGUAAACAAUGCUGGUAUAAUGCUGAACUUCUGUCCGGCUGAAUGGACGCCAUUGAAGGACUAUGAAACCGAGAGUAAAGUAAACUUGUUUGGAACAAUCGACAUGUCCUUGACCUUUCUACCAUUGUUACGAAUGUCACGUGGUCGCCUGGUGAAUGUUUGCAGCGUCAUAGCAAAUUGGGGAUACCCCGGGUUGUCUGGUUAUGUUGUGUCUAAAUCUGGUGUUAAAAUGUUCACAACGUGUUUGAGAAGGGAGUUGUUUGGUUCCGGUGUCACUACACAUACUAUCGAGCCAGGAGGUUUCAACACGAAUAUUGCAAAUGAAAGCAAGUUUCUCAAAAUAUUGAAAACAGCCUACGUUAGGUCGGAUACAGAAAGACAAAACUUUUACGGUGGAAAGAUCUCUUCAUACAUUUUCUUUGUAAUAAAAUGGUAUGGCGUGUUCAUUAAUACAAAGCCACAGAAAGUCGUUGACGUCAUGACGCAUGCGCUGUUAGCAAAACAUCCGAAGAAUUCUUACGCCGUUGGACUGGAUGCUACGCUGUUCUUUGGUUUUCUGUCCUGGUUCCCGGAAUGGUUGGUGGACAGAUUACUCGGGUGGCCAGCACCGGAUGGACAUUUAUGCUCUGAAUUGCAAAACAUUGCGAAUAAAAAGAACUGAAUAUAGCAUAUUGUGUGUAAUUUGUGUUUAUAACAUUUCAUGAAAUCAUUAAUGUACAGUCACUUCAGGUCUGUUUAAGUAAUACUUUCAAAGUUCAGGAUGUGUAGAAAAUUUUCUUCACUCGUUGUUAUUACAAGAAAACAAUUGUAAAUCAUAUGCAUGUAUAGGAAUUCGUAAAAAUAUUAAACAUAGAUUUUUA